CCAUAAUCUAAGAAUUCCAUCAUCAUUUUCCGCCAAACUCAACCAAUCAGUUAAUGUACUUGAAUUACAAUAUUUGAUCUUCUUUUCGCUAAACUGAAGUUUGAACAUUAACUGAGAAGAUGAAGAAUAAGAAAAUUCAUGAUAAUCAGAACGUGAAGAAUAAGCGGUUUCUAAUCACUGUAAAUGUGCGUGGAAGUCCAGGACCGAUUAGAUUUGUGGUGAAUGACGAUGACAAAGUUUCAGAAGUUAUUGAUUCGUGUUUGAAGAUGUAUGCUCGUGGUGGACGGCUUCCUAUUCUUGGUACUGAUUUUAACAAGUUUUUACUUUAUCCAUCAAAUGCAGCAUGUGAAGCAAUGAAGGCAAAUGAAACAAUUGGGUCGAGUGGAGAUAGGACAUUUGUGAUGUAUAAGGUGCAAGGUCGUGCUCAGAUGGGUGACGUUCCAUCGAAGAUGAUAACUCACCAACGCCGGAGCUUUUGUUGGAAGGCAUGGUUCAAAUUUUUAUCUCAUUAAUCUUCCAAUAAUAAUACAUGUGGAAAAUCACAUGUUGCUAUAUGAUAUCUUGCCCGGUUUUAAAACCAUACAAAAUUAAAGAGUAAAUGGUUAUUAGAUCAGAUUUUAAAAGAAUUAUGAAAAUGGUUAUUAGACCUUUUUACACAU